GACCGUUGCUACGUAUAACAGACCGUUGCUAUGAAUAACAGACCGUUGCUAUGAAUAACAGACCGUUGCUAUGUGUAUGUUUUACUUUUUCUUUUAAAUAAUGAAUGAAUGAAUUAUUUACUGUAUUAGAGUUUAUUAUGGUACUUAGGGAUUUUAAGACGAUAGAAGCAAAGCAGUUUAUAGAAUAAAAGACAAACUGUGGAAGUCAUUUUAAUUUGAAUAGAUGUUUCUGUGUGUGUGUGCGUGAGUGUGUGUGAGUGUCUGUGUGAGUGUGUGUGUGCGUACAGAUGCUCCUCCCAUGUGUGUCCUGAUGACCCAGUGACCUUCAGCAGAUGAUGCCGAGAAAACUGAAGCUAAACAUGAACUGUGCUCCGUCCUCAGAGGUGGCUGACAUGGAGGAAGAGGAGGUGUUGGAUGGAGAGACGAGGGAGGUGAUGACGGUGGAUGGAGAGAAAGGAGAGGAGUCUUUCCAGGAGACGGUGGUAACCAGGGUGACCACGGUUGUUGACGCGACUACGAGAAGGACGGACGUAGAGGAGGAGGAGGAGGAGAAGGUUGAAACUGAGGAGGAGGAGGAGGAGGAAGAGAUGGAGGAGGGAGGAGAAGAAGAAGAGAAGAAGGGAGAGGAAGAGGAGCGUCAAGCGAAGAAGCUGUUGGGAGCUUGGGAAUCAGAGGCCUCCUCCGAUGUGAAGCCUCCGCUACCAGACCCAGCGUUCAACCGGAGGUGCAGCCUGCUCGUCAGCGACGUGAAGUAUAAGGAGGACUUUGAGAAGAUGAGGGGUCGGAGUCAGUUUGUUCCUGCAGCCGAACUCAUCCACGCCAAGAACAUCAGCGCCGUCAUAUCUGAGUCUAAGUACAAAGAGGAGGGGAAGAAGGAGGCGUCCAUGUCUCUGUACUCCGUCCUACCGCAGACUCCUGAGACGCAACACGCCAGAGAGGCCUCAGAGCUGCAGAGUGAGCUUAAAUACAAAGGGAACAUGAAGACGGAGAUCUCCUCGUCUCUUUACUCUCUGCUGCCGGAGACCACGGAGACCCAGUUCGUCAAAGAGCUGACGGAGUUACUGAGUGAGAACAAGUACAAAGAGGAAGGAAAGAAGGAGAUGAGCAGCAGUUUGUACUCUCUGCUUCCUGUAACCUCGGAGACGCAGCUGGCCAAAACCGUCCACGAGUUCCAGAGCGAGAACAAGUACAAAGAAGACGGGAGGAGGAAGGCAUCCAUCUCUCUCUACUCUCAGCUCCCCGACACCCCUCAGAUACAACACGCUCUGGUGAUGUCACAGCUGCACAGCGAGGUGAAUUAUCGGCCUAAAGUGCUGGUUAAAGGAGCUCCGUCCUCUCUGUACUCUCAGCUCGCCGACACCGCAGAGAUCCAGUUCGCCAGAGAGAUGACUGAGAUGCAGAGUGAGAGUAAAUACAAGGAGGGCAGCAGGAGGAGCCUCUCUCAGAGCUUCUACUCUCAGCUGCCGGAGACCGCCGACACUCAGUUCGCUAGAAGUGUCGCUGAGCUGCAGAGCGAGAUGCGGUACAAGGAAGCGGGUAAGAAGGGCGUGAACUCGUGUUUGUACUCUCUUCUCCCGGAGACUUUGGAGACGGCUCACGCCAAGGAAGUCUCUGAGCUGCUCAGUGAGGUGAAGUAUAAAGAGGACGGUAAGAAGGAGAUGAGCAUCAACCUGUACUCUCUGCUGCCGGAGACCAUCGACACCCAGCACGCUAAAGAGGUGUCACACCUGCAGAGUGAGGUGAAGUAUAAAGAAGGUGUGAAGCAGAAGAAUCAGAGCAGUUUGUACCAUCAGCUCCCAGAGACCACAGAGACACAGCUGGCCAAACAGCUGUCUGAACUGCAGAGCGAGGCGAAGUAUAAAGAAGCAGGAAAGAAGGAAGUGAACACCUGCCUGUACUCUCUGAUGCCUGAAACCCUGGAGACGCAACACGCCAGAGAGUCCACCGAGCUGCUCAGUGAGAUUAAGUACAGAGAGAGCAGGAAGAAGGAGAGGUCCAGCUCCCUCUACUCCACUCUGCCCGAUACUGCAGAAACCAGCUUCGCCAGAGAGAUGAGCGACAUGCAGAGCGAGACAAAGUACAAGGAGAGCGGGAUGAAGAGCCUCUCUCAGAGCGUCUACUCUCAGCUCCCGGAGACCGCCGACACUCAGUUCGCUAGAAGUGUCUCAGAGCUGCAGAGCGAGAUGAAGUACAAACGGGGAAAGAAAGAAGUGUCCAGCUCUCUGUAUUCGUCUCUGCCGGAGACAAUGGAGACGCUGCACGCCAAAGAGGCGUCCGAGCUGCAGAGCGAGCUCAAGUACAAGGCAGCGGCUCUGAAGAAAGGUGGUUCCUCCAGUCUGUUCCACCUGCUGCCCGAGACCUUAGAGACGGCCCACGCUAAGGAAGUCUCCGAGCUCGUCAGCGAGGUGAAGUAUAAAGAGGACGGGAAGAAGGAGAUGAGCAUCAACCUGUACUCUCUGCUGCCGGAGACCAUCGACACCCAGCACGCUAAAGAGGUGUCACACCUGCAGAGUGAGGUGAAGUAUAAAGAAGGUGUGAAGCAGAAGAAUCAGAGCAGUUUGUACCAUCAGCUCCCAGAGACCACAGAGACACAGCUGGCCAAACAGCUGUCUGAACUGCAGAGCGAGACCAAGUACAAGGAGGCGGGUAAGAAGGAGGUGAAGACGAGUCUGUACGCGCUCCUGCCUCACACCAUGGAGACGCAGCACGCUAAAGACGCUGCACAGCUGCUCAGUGAGAUCAAAUACAAAGAGAGCAUGAAGAAGGAGAUGUCCAGCUCCCUCUACUCCACGCUGCCCGACACCUCAGAGACCAGCUUCGCCAGAGAGAUGACGGACAUGCAGAGCCAGAACAAGUACAAGGAGGACGGAAAGAGGAACCUCCCUCAGAGUUUCUACUCUCAGCUACCAGAAACAGCCGAGACUCAGUUCGCUAAGACCGUCUCUGAGCUGCAGAGCGAGAUGAAGUACAAAGAAGCAGGAAAGAAAGGAGUGACGAGCUCCCUGUACUCGACUCUACCUGAGACUCUGGACACACAGCACGCUAAAGAGGCCUCACAGCUGCAGAGUCAGCUGAAGUACAAGCAGAGUUUAAAGAAAGACGCCUCCAGCCUGUUCCACCUGAUGCCAGAAACCAACGACACUCAGUUCGCCAGGCAGCAGACGGAGAUGCUCAGUGAGGUCAAGUACAAAGAAGACGGUAAGCAGGAGAUGAGCAUCAACCUGUACUCUCUGCUGCCGGACACCAUCCCCAUCCAGCAUGCUAAAGAGCUGACGGACAUGCAGAGUGAGGCUAAAUACAAAGAGGCCAGUAAGAAGCAGACGUCAUCGUCUCUGUACCACCAGCUACCUGAAACUCUGGAGACACAGCACGCUAAAGAGGCCUCCCAGCUGCAGAGUCAGGUUUUGUAUAAAGAGGCCGUGAAGAAGGACUUGUCGUGUCCAGUUUACCACCAGCUGCCCGACACUCUGGAGACCCAGUUCGCCCGAGAGCUCACCGGCAUGCAGAGCCAAAACAAGUACAAAGAGGACGGGAUGAGGAACCUCUCUCAGAGCUUCUACUCUCAGCUGCCUCAAACCGCCGAGACUCAGUUCGCUAAGACUGUGUCUGAGAUGCAGAGCGAGACGAAGUAUAAGAAGUCAGGGAGGCAAGAGGCCGGCAGCUGUCUGUACUCUGUGAUGGCUGAAACUCUGGACACUCAACACGCCAAGCAGGCCUCCCAGAUCCAGAGCCAGGUGAAGUACAAGGAGGACAUGCCGAAGUCGUCCUGUCUGUUCUCCACCCUUCCUCAAACCCUCCAGACCGAGUUGGCCAAAGAGGUGACGGAGCUCCAGAGCCAGGUGAAAUAUAAGGAGGGACGUAAGAAGGAAGCUUCCUCGUCACUCUACCACCUCCUCCCCGAGACGGCAGAGACGCAUUUCGCCAAACACAUGUCAGAGAUCCAGAGCGAGACGAAGUACAAGAAGGACAAAGAGGAUCUGCCCAACACGUUGUUCUCUCUGCUGCCUGAAACUCUGGAGACUCAGUUUGUUAAAGAGAUGGCUGAGACGCACAGCGAGGUGAAGUACAAGCAGGCUGGGAAGCAGCAGACGGCGUCCUCUCUGUAUUCCAAACUGCCCGAAACUCUGGAGACCAAACACGCCAAGGAAGCGACUGAACUCCAGAGUGAAAAAAAGUACAAAGAUGAGGGGAGGAAGGAGAUGACGUCGUCGCUGUACUCUCAGCUUCCUGAGACCUCGGAGACGCAGUUCGCCCGAGAGAUGACGGAGAUACAGAGUGAGAACAAGUAUAAGGAGAGUGGGAAGAAGAGCCAGACCGUCAGCGUGUACUCGCAGCUCCAAGACACCAACGAGAUCCAGUUUGCCAAAGCUGUUUCUGAACUACAAAGUGAGAGCAAAUAUAAAGAAGCAGGGAGGAGAGACGCCUCCAGCUCUCUGUACUCGAAGCUGCCAGAGACUCUGGACACUCUGCACGCUAAAGAGGCUUCACAGCUGCAGAGUCAGGUGAAGUAUAAGCAGGACGGUAGGAAGGAGGUGAGCGGCUCUCUGUACCACCAGCUACCUGAAACCUCCGAGACACAGCUGGCUAAAGAGCUGAGCGGCCUCUACAGCGAGGUCAGGUAUAAAGAAGACGGGAAGAAGGAGAUCGGGAAGAACUUGUACUCGCUCCUCCCCGAGACGGCAGAGACCCAGUUCGCCAAGCAGAUGUCAGAGAUGCAGAGUGAGACGAAGUACAAGAAGGACAAAGAGGAUCUGCCCAACACGUUGUUCUCUCUGCUGCCUGAAACUCUGGAGACUCAGUUUGUUAAAGAGAUGGCUGAGACGCACAGCGAGGUCAAGUACAAGGAAGCAGGAAAGAAAGAGGCCAGCAGCUCUCUGUACCACCGGCUGCCUGCGACUCUGGAGACGCAGCGCGUUAAAGAGGUUACGGAGCUGCAGAGCGAGAACAAGUACAAGCAGAGCGGGAAGAAGUCCAUGUCGUCCAGUCUGUACGCUCAGCUGCCGCAGACGGCCGAGACGCAGCUCGCCGCCAAGAUGUCCGACCUGCAGAGCGAGAGUAAAUACAAGGAGGACGGGAUGAGGAGCCUCUCUCAGAGCUUCUACUCUCAGCUGCCUCAAACCGCCGAGACUCAGUUGGCUAGAACCGUCUCCGACCUGCAGAGCGAGGCCAGGUACAAGGAGGCGAGCAGGAAGGAGGCGAGCAGCUGUCUGUUCCACCAGCUGCCUGAAACUCUGGAGACGCUUCACGUUAAAGAGGCCUCGGAGCUGCAGAGUCAGGUGAAGUACAGGGAAGGAGGGAGGAAAGAGCUGAGCACCAACCUGUACUCUGCUCUGCCCGAGACACAAGAGAUGAAGUUCGCUAAAGCCGCCAUGGAGCUUCAGAGUGAGAAUAAAUACAAGCAGAAAGGCAGACAGGAGAUCAGCAGCAGUGUUUUCCACCAGAUGCCGGAGACCAAAGAGAUGGAGUUUGUUAAGCACAUCUCUGAACUUCAGAGUGAGACGAAGUACAAGAAGGACAAAGAGGAUCUGCCCAACACGUUGUUCUCUCUGCUGCCUGAAACUCUGGAGACUCAGUUUGUUAAAGAGAUGGCUGAGACGCACAGCGAGAGUAAAUACAAGGAGGCGGGUAAGAAGGAGCUGGUUAACUGUCUCUACUCUCUGCUGCCUGAGACCAAAGAAACUCAACACGCCAAAGAGCAAAGUCAGCUGCACAGCGAGAAAGCGUACAGGGGGGAGGGUAAGAAGGAAGCCGGCUGCAGUCUGUACGCCCAGAUGCCCCAAACCAUCGAGACCGUCUUCGCCAAAGAGCUGACCAAGACGCAGAGCGACAAGUUCUAUAAGGAGAAGUAUAACCGUGAGAAGGGGAAGUCCAGCUACACCAACAUGAAAGCACUGCCGGAGGUGGAGCACGCCAUGGAGGUCAACAGGAACCAGAGCGAUGUCGGCUACAGAAAAGGCAGAGAGGAGCUUCAUCACUACAACUCUGAGGCAGACAGACCCGACAUCGUCAACGCCACCAACGCUGCUAAACUGGCCAGCGACGUAGCCUAUAAGAGUAACACCAAGCAGCCGGUUUACAGCGACGGUUCCCUUUUGGACAGAACCGACAUCCAACACGCCAACGAGGUUUCAAAGCUGGCCAGCCAGGUGAAGUAUAAGGAGAGCUUCGACAGAGAUUUAAAGGGCCAGAGGCCUUGUUACAACCCUCUGGACUGUCUCUCCUUCAAACACACACAAGCUGCUGCUGCUCUGGCCAGUCAGGUGAAGUAUAAAACCAACCAGAACCAGAAAGCAGAAGGUUCUUCAGACCUGCCCAACCUGCUGCAGCUGGAGCACGUCCUGCACGCCAGCAAGCUGCAGAGUAACGUGGAGUAUAAGAAGAAGUACGAGCAGACGAAGGCUCAGUACCACUCAGCUGUGGACACGGCCGAACAGCUCCACCACAGGGAGAACGCAGUGCUGCACAGCCAGGUGAAGUACAGAGAGGAGUACGAGAGGAACAAAGGUCGCUCUCAGAUGGAGUUUGGAGAUACUCAGACGUACAGAGUGUCUAAAGAAGCACAGAGGCUGCAGAGCGAGAGGGAGUAUCGGAGGGACUACGAGGAGCAGAUUAAAGGGAAAGCCUUGAUGGACGCAGACCAGACACCUGGAUACCUGACAGCCUGCCACGCCAGCAGCCUGCUGAGCGAGAAGGCGUACAGGAAGGACCUGGAGCAGGAAGUGAAGGGGCGGGGCUCAUCCGGCAUCGGGCUGGAGGAAACACCUGAGCUGCUGAGGGUCAGAAACGCCAAUCGGAUACUGAACGAGAAGGAGUACCGCCGGGAUUUAGAGCGGGACAUCGUAGGUAAAGGUAUGGAGCUGAGCGCCGACGUCCUGGAGAUACAACGAGUCAAGAGAGCCUCGGAGAUCCAGAGCCAGAGGUCCUACAAGCAGACGGAGCCGCUCAGAGAACACUCGUACGGGACGGUUACAGACACUCCUGAGCUGCUGCACGCCUCCUACCUCAAAGACGUCUACAGCCAGAAGAAGUAUAAGGACGAGGCGGAGCGUCUGAAGGGACGCUACAGUCUGGGUUCAGAGACACCAGAGAUGGAGAGAGUCAAAGCCAACCAGAGACACCUCAGCUCACUGCGCUACUGCUGGGACUCCAAGCUGAUGAGAGGUCUGAUGUCCUCAGUCACAGAGACGCCAGAGAUCGUCCUCGCCAGAGAGAACGCCAAGAGGAUCAGUGAUGUCCGGUACCGAGAGGAAGUGGGUCGAGGCACCGCCGUCAUGGACACGCCUGAGAUGGAGCGAGUCCGACGCAACCAGGAGAACAUCAGCUCGGUGAAGUACAAGCAGAGCGCCGUGAAGGCCUGCAGCGUCGGAGUGACUCCAGAACUGGAGAGAGUCCGACAGAACCAGGAGAACAUCAGCUCGGUGAAGUACCAGCGCGGGUUGCAGGAGAUGAAGGGGCGCUGCUGCAGCGAGCUGGACACGCCCGAGUACAGGCGUGUCAGGAAGUCACAGGACUCCGUCUCCAUGGCCAAGUACCACGAGGAGUUUGAGCGUGCGCGCGGCCGAGGCUGCCCGCCGGGAUUGGACGACCCCAGCAUGGAGCGCUACCAGAGAGCCAAUCAGAUGAUGGGAGAGGCGGGAUACAGCAAAGGGAUCCACCCCCAGGCGAUGGAGAUGGACAGACGACCAGGGGGCAUCAUCGUAGACCUGAAGGUGUGGAGGACCGACCCCGGCUCCAUCUUUGACUUUGACCCUCUGGAGGACGACGUCCAGUCCAAGAGCCUCCGCCGGAUGUCCGAGCGGGCCGACCGCAGGCUGAGCAGGCAGCCCUCCCAGCAGUCUCUCACCCACAGCCACGCUCAGUCCGUCAGCUCGCUGACCUCUGACCUCUGGGACCGCAGCAGCGCCGGGACUCCUGCUCCAGUCCUUCCUGGAGCGUAUCAUCAGGGCAUCCACAUGCAGCAGCAGCAGCAGCAGCAGCAGCAGUAUCACGGCUACAUGCACCAGACCAGCAUGUCAUCUGUCAGAUCUGUCACCUCCCCGCCGCAUUCAGCCACCAUGCGUGUUUACCGGGCGCUGUACGACUACGCGGCUCAGGACCACGACGAGGUCUCGUUCAGGGACGGCGACGUCAUCGUCAACGCUCAGCCCAUCGACGAGGGCUGGAUGUACGGCACCGUGCAGCGGACCGGCAAGUCUGGCAUGCUGCCGGCAAACUACGUGGAGUGUUGCAACUAGAGGAGAGAGGGAGGGAGGGAGGAGACGGGAGACGGGACGUCAGGCAGCGGCUAAAUGUAAAGAAUUAAACCCACCCUCACUGUUAUGAAGUCAGCAGUCGGUGAUGUUCUCUGCUUUUCAGGGUCAGUGACGUCACAUCCAGAUGUUUUCAGAAGUAGAGAACGAUUCACAGAUCUAAACAGUAAAUAUCAAGCUUCUUUUGCAGCAGGGAAAUCCAUCACAGACAACAUCCACAUCGAGCAGGAAAUAGACCAGAAUGCAAUGCAGCUUCUUCUCGUGGUGUAACUGAAAGUACAUUAACUAUUCUUUAUUACAAAAUACCUGCUGGAAUACUGUGAACAUCACAGACUGCUGAUACCAGCUGAUAGAGCAUCUGAGGACGGAGAUUAACGUUAAAGGGAUAGUUGUGGUGUUUCUCAGUGUGGUUGUAUGAGGUUCUUCUCCAUAGUCAGUGUAUUAGACGGAGUUUAGAGUACCAGCAUAGGAGUAAAACAACAUACUGCAGCAAAACGCAUUUUAGACACCUAGAAAAAUUAGUUUAAGUGUACGCUAUAUCUAGAAUAUUUUCACAGCUUUACCUCGCUGUCAGACACCGCUUUCUGACGGGGACCUGAAGACGUUAUCUAAGCAACAAGACCAGUUGCCGGUCUACCGCUGCCUCGAUCGGUUAGUUUGUUUGUGUUAUUGUGGGACUCUGUUGAAUCCGAAAUAACCCUUUAAAACACCAAAGUCACACAAUAACACCGGCGCUGUUCAGACCU